AUGAAAAAUAUCAGGAACAUACAGAACUAUCUUAUCCCUAGCCUUGCGAAUAGGGAGAAAGGCAAGUUGAUAUGGCAAGCAAUCCAUGGCGCUGAAGUGGAGGGAGAAGAAUUAAUCGUACCAAAACAAGAGUGGGAAAAAAUGGAAGUAUCACAAAGUACAAAAAACCAAAGGGAGGGAGAUAAGAUCCCCUAG